CGUAAGGUAGUGAAAGCUUUGGAUUUCUAGAGUAAAGGGAGAAAAGCCAUCAAAAUCCUAUUCAUUCCUAGUGCGCGUGUGUUAUUCGUUUAUGCGCUAACUGUGAACACUUCUUGGACAGAAAUCGGAAUUUGUGUGUGAUUUUUGAAACGAGCAACGCAAUGAUUUGUGAUAAUCAAGUGUGUUAGUGUUGGUACCUACGAGCUCUGCAUCCCUGGUGGUGGUCGCACGGAUUAAAAACCUCUGUACAGCCGAUCGCAAGAAGUUGGUGUCCCCGCCAUGUGUGAUGGCCUGCCAUGAGGGACGGGGUGUCCAACAAGGGCGACACGGGUGAUGACAGCAACGUGGAAAGCGGAGACGCUGCGAGCGCCAGCAGACAUGUGAUGGCGGACGCGUCUCUCGGGAGGUGCAGCCGGCGCAAGCCCGCCGCCCCCUGGCGCAGCCGGCCGCCGCAGGCGGGCGCCGACGACGCCGACGUCGACUGGCCGCUCGGAGACACCGCUGCCAGGCUGCAGGCGGGGCUGCCGGACGCCUUCGACCUGUCGGCGCCGUCGACGUCUUCGUCGUCGGCGCCCGCCACCCCCGUCGGCGGCCGUAAGUCGCAGGCGGGCGCGCGCCGCCAGAGCGCCGGGGGCGGCAGGAGGGGCGGCUCCCCGGCGGCGGCGAGGGCGGGGGCGGCGCCGCCCCCGGGCCCCCAGUUCCUGCCCGGCUUCCCGGGGAUGUGGCCCGGCCCUGACGGUCGCGUGAAGGCGGCCAGCCUGGACGGGCUGUGGCAGCAGCAGCUGGUGGCGCAGUGGCUGGCCAGCCAGAGCCCGUUCGCGCCCCACCAGCAGCUGCACCAGUCGCCGCCGCCGCCCCCGCAGCACCAGUCGCCGCCGCCGCCCCCGCGCACCACCCCCAGCCCGCGCCGCCAGCAGCAGCAGCAGCAGCAGCGCGCACAGGCGCCGUCCACGGCCGCGUCGUCGUCGUCGACGCCGCCCAGGCCGCGCUCCAGGCCACAGACGCCCAAGUCCACGUCCCCGGGCGCCGCGCCGCACCCCAGGGCCGCCUCCGGCGGCAGCAGCGGGAGGCGGACCCCCGGCGGGGGCGGCGGGAGGCAGCGCGGGCAGGCGGGCGCGCCGCCCCCGGAGGCGCUGAUCCUGCAGGUGCCGCAGUUCGCGGCGCGGCCCGCCGCGCAGCCGCCCCCGCAGUACGCGGCCUUCCACCCCCAGCUGCAGCCGCAGCCGCAGCCGGCCUUCCACCACCAGCCGCCGCCGGCGCACCGCAGCCACGACGACGAGGAGGACUGCUACGACGAGGGCGAGGAGUUCCCGGAGGCGGAGGACGAGGACGAGCAGUCGGGGGCGGCGCGCCUGGCGCGCCUCUCCGCCGUGACGGACGCGCUGCGCGAGCAGCUGGCGGCGGCGCUGCUGGAGGCGCGCGGCUCCGGCGUCGCCAUGGAGGCCGUGCUCGCCGCCUUCUCGGCCGCCUCCGCCGCCUACAGCGCCGCCGCGCUCGCCGGACGGCCGCCCUCCGCCCCCGCCGCCCCCCCGGCAGCCAAGGCCGCCGCCGCCGUCGCCGCCGCCGCGGUGGCCGCCGCCGCCGCCGGGGGCGGCGCGGCGCUGGGGGCGGUCGGCCGCCCGGGCCCGCCGCCGCCCCCACAGCCGCAGAGGCAGCCGCAGCCGCCCCCGCCGCUGGACCCGGCGGCGCUGGCCGGCUCCAUCGUGGGGGCGGCGUACGGCGCCGGCGCCGGCGGCAUCUUCGGCGUGGGCGCCGGCGUCUUCCCGCCGCCACACCACCACCACCACCAGCAGCCGCCCCCGCCGCCGUCGCAGCCGCAGCCGCCGCCCGACACCACCAGGGGCUUCCAGCAUCAGGGCACGUCGCCGCUGCGCGUGGCGGACGAGAAGCAGACGCAGACGACGCCGCCCGUGUCGCCGGCGUCGCCCGCCCCCGGCAGCGCGGCGGCGCCCCAGCAGGCGUCGCUGCGCCAGUUCUGCCCCCCGGCGGCGGCGUCGUCGUCUUCGUCGCGCGACUCGCCGCUCAUCUGGGAGAUCACGGACGACGACCAGCUGCACGACCCGCCGCCCCCGCGGCCCCCCGCCCCCGCCUCGCCGCAGCAGCAGCCGGCGCCGCCGCCCCCGGCCCCCAGACAGGGAGGCGGCGGCGGCAAGGCGGCGCGGCCCGCCAAGUCGCUGCGCGGCAUCGAGGCGAUCGCGGCGUCGUUGAUGGAGCAGAAGGCGGCGGCGCCGUCGCCCGCCUCCGGCGCCGCUGCCGCGGCCGGCGAGGCGGCUUCGCUUUCGCUGCCGGCUCUGCUGCUGACGUCGCCGCCGGCGCCCGCCCCCGGCCUGCUGCUGGACCUGUCGGCCCCCGGCGCCGCCCCCGGGCCCCGCGCGGCCCGCUCCCGCGGCAAGGCGCGGCCGUCGCGCUCGCUGCCCCCCGCCGCCCCCGCCGCCGCCGUCGACCUCCGCCGGCGGUUGCCCGAGCCGGCGGGGGCGGACGACGCCGCCCCCGUGGUGACGUCGGCGCGCGCCGACUCGUCCAGCGCCACCGACCUGCCGGAGAGCCCGCAGGCGUCCAGGGGCGCCGCAGAGGACGCUCCCGCCGCCCCCGCCGAGGCGGACAGCACGUCGGACCCGGCGACGGCGGCGGCGCCGGCGGAGGAGGCAGACGUGGGCGCCGUGCUGGAGGGUCUGGUGUCGGCCGUGGUGGCGCUGCAGCUGGGCGCCGAGCCGGCCGCAGACCGUCGCCUCGCGCACGCCUUCUCCCGCCUGGACGUCGGCCCGCCGGAGGAGGAGCGGCCGGGCCCCGCGAUCACGGCGCCGCCUCCGGAGGCGGCGUCGCUCAGUCCCGCCGACGGAAGCCACCCCCCGGCCGCGCCGGCCGAAGCUCCCCCGACCGCGCCGGAGGCGGCGGCCGAUCCCGGCGGAGACUCGCCGGAGGCCGCGGAAGAUGGCGGCGGCGGCCGGAGGCAGCAGAGGGCGGCGGGGGUGUGCGCCGCCGUGCAGACGCCGACGCGCGCACGGAGCCCGGUGCUGGGCUGUGUUUGCUCUUACGGCCUGUUUCAUUGCUUCGCCGCCGCCGCCGCCGGCGUGUUUGAGGUGCGGGGGUGGGCCGAAAAAUCCAUAGGGCGGCCGCCGCCGCUGCUGGCGUCCAGCCUCUGCUCGCCUCGCCUCGCCCCACACUCUGCGUAUCGACGCGCCACGCCCUGCAGGAGCGAACGAGCGGACGCACAAACACAGGCUGGCGGCGCGGGGCUGCUGGGUCGGAAGUGCGGCAGCCGCGGUCAGAAACCCCGGGCGCAUAGCCGGUCGGGCGGCCAUCUUGAGCGCGCGGGAGCAGCCGCAGGGAAGGCGGCGGGCCGACACCUGCGUCCCGUUAAAAACCCCUCGUGUACUCCUGCAAGCAUUUCCCCGGUGUUUGCAUUUUUCGGUCAGUCCGUGUGGAUGGAGUGCAAAGGGAAACCACACAGACAAUGUCUGAGGCGCGUCGCGACGCCGGGCGUCGCUAUCGAGCGGGGCGCCGCCAUCUUGGGACGCGGGCGCCGCGCUGCGCCCAUUGUUUUGCUGCGGCGUCCACAGCGAAGCUACUGGCGGAGGGCAAUGAAAUCCCUGAACAUCAAAGAUGCUGCAGGAUGGGAUGAACUGAAACCUGACACAUCGCGGAAUUCGUGGCGUAAGCUUGGGCCGCAAGUUAUGACCGAAAAUGAGCAGACCGAAGAUGAGCAAAACAACGACGCACUGGAAAUCGUUAAAGAUCUAGCAACUCUGGAGCCGAACGUCCCUGCCAGUGAAGUUGAAGAGUGGAUCAACGAAUGUGACAAAGACUAA